AUGAAAUUGAAAGAACAAGAAAAAAUAAUAAAAGAAUUAGAAGAAAAAAAUAAAAAUAGUAAUGAAACAAAUUUAUUAGAAAGAGAAACUUUACAAAAUGAAAUAAAAGUAAAAGAUCAAAUUAUCAUUUCAUCAAAAGAUGAAAUUGAAAAUCUAAAAAAAAUAUAUCAAAAUCAAAUUCAAGAAUUAGAAAAUCAAAUAAAAAUAUUGAAAGAUAAUAAUGAAAUGAUUACUAAUCAAAAUAACGAGAUUCAAUAUAAAUUAAAAGUUGAGAUAGAAAUAAAUCAAAAAGUUGAAAAAGAAAAAGUCGAAUUACAAAAUAAUUAUUUAAGUCAAAUUGAAGAAAUUAAAAAUGAAUUAACUGACAAAACUAAUCAAAUAAAUUUACUUCAAAAAAAUAAUUUGGAAGAAAAAGAAAAAUUCCAAAAUGAUUUACAAAAAGUUGAAGAAAAAAUACAAAUAGAAAGUGAAGAAAAAGAAAAAAUAACAAAAGAAAGAGAUGAAUUACAAAAACGAAUGAAUGAACUUCAACAAAAUAACUUAGAAGAAAUUAAUCAACAAAACGAAGAAUUAAAAAUAACAAAUGAUAAGUAUCAAAACGAAAAUGAAAAAUUAAAAGAAGAAAUAACAAAAAUAAAAGAAGAAAAACAAAAACAAGAAAUAAGUCUAAAAGAAAAAACAAAACAAAUAGAUGAAAUAAAACAAGAAAUUAAUGAAAUAAAAAAAGAAGAAGAAAAAACAAAACAAGAACUUGAAGAAAAAGAAAAUAUUAUAAAACAAAAAGAAAAAGAAAGAGAAGAAAUAAAUAACAAAAAUCAAGAAUUAAAAGAAGAAAAUGAAAAACUAAAAAAAGAAGAAGAAAAUAAAAAAAAAGAAGAAGAAAAAAAUGUUAUUGAAAUAACCAAAUGGAAAAAGAAAUAUGAAGAACAAUCAUUAAGUAAAAUCAAAAAUAAAACAAUUGGAAGAUAG